CUGGCACCAGAAAACACUCUGAUGUCCUUCCAGAAGGCGGUGGAGCAGAGGAUGUAUGGCGUCCAAGCUGACAUUGUACUGAGCUAUGACGGAGUCCCAUUUCUGAUGCAUGACAAGACACUCAGGAGAACAACCAACGUGGAGGAAGUGUUUCCAGAGCGGGCCUAUGAGCACUCCUCCAUGUUCAACUGGACUGACUUGGAAAAGCUGAAUGCUGGAGAGUGGUUCCUACAGAAUGACCCUUUCUGGACGGCUGGGUCUCUCUCAAGGUCCGACUACUUGGAAGCUGCCAACCAGUCAGUCUGCAAGCUGGCAGAUAUGCUAGAGGUGAUCAAGGACAACACAUCACUCAUCUUGAACUUCCAGGACCUGCCACCAGCUCAUCCCUACUACAGCACUUACAUCAACAUCACCCUGGAAACCAUCCUGUCAUCGGGAAUUCGACAACAGGCUGUGAUGUGGCUGCCGGACACGGAGAGGCAGCUGGUCAGACAGAUUGCGCCGGGUUUCCAGCAGACUUCUGGCCUCAAGCUGGAUGCAGAGCGCAUGAGGGAGAAGGGCAUCGUGAAGCUCAACCUGCGUUACACCAAGGUCACGAACGAGGAUGUCAGGGACUACACCAUGGCAAACCUGAGUGUGAAUCUCUACACUGUGAAUGAGCCCUGGCUGUACUCCAUCCUGUGGUGCGCCGGUGUCCAGUCGGUCACCUCCGACAACUCCCACGUCCUUCGCAAGGUGCCUUUUCCCAUCUGGCUAAUGCCUCCAGACGAGUACCACCUAAUCUGGAUCACAUCUGAUCUCAUUUCAUUUAUCAUAAUUGUAGGAGUUUUUAUAUUCCAGAACUAUCACAUGAUCAGGUGGCGCCUAGGAAGCAUCAGGACCUACAACCCAGAGCAGAUCAUGCUCAGCGCUGCUGUCCGCAGGUCCAGCCGGGAUGUCAAGAUCAUGAAGGAGAAGCUGAUCUUCUCAGAGAUCAACAAUGGCGUGGAGACCACGGACGAGCUGUCUCUCUGCUCCGAGAAUGGCUAUGCCAACGAGAUGGUCACGCCCACGGAUCAUCGGGACACCAAGCUGCGGAUGAACUGAGGGGCUCCGAGCCGUGCUCUCCUGCUUGCUGCGGGAUGGGAACCUUUAAGGAACUGCUGGUCAGGCAGAGACCCCUUCCCAUAGCCCAUCACUAGCUGCUCCGCCUCCCUGGUUGUGGGGUUGGGGGGCUUAUUUUUUGUAAAUAUGUAGAAAAUCUGAAAAUUUUUGUCUUUCUUUUUUUGAGUGUAAUUUUUCCAGGGCAUGAGUGGAAAUUCCGUGUUCAUUAAACUCUUGACCUUAUGGC